AUGAAAGGCAUAGACAUCUUCUGUGCAUCACAGGCCUCAACAGCCAUAUGUCUUAGCAUGGAUCAGCCAUCUUCCUCCUCUUCUUCAAUUUCCAACACUACUCAAUUUGGUGGCAGAGCCAUUGACCGCCACAACCCCAUCAUCACAGAUCCAAGAAGAACCCCCUCCAGAGACUUCAUUGUCCCCAGUUCUCCUUCUAAGUCCCACAUCGAUCCCAAACCUUUGCAUGAUCUCCCAAAGGCCAAGAAAAACUCCAGUUCCAAGCCCAGUGGCCAGAAAAAGAAAAAUGCAGCAAAGGGUCUUGAUCAGAAGAAGAAAAGUAGUGCAGGAAAGUUAACUGAACACUUCACCAACAAUUACUCUUCAAAACCAAUAGAUAGUAUUCUGAGGAGGAGUUGGGUUAGGCCACCUACUGAUUUAAUCACUCCUCCUGGUUCUUCAAGAUAUUUGCUCGGUGACACUCCUUCCUUUGAUGCUGGAUCAUCGGUUUAUGAUCCUGUUUUGGCUUUAACUAACGUUGAUAAGGAGAAAGGUCAAGUUCUUCAUCAUGAUGAAACCAGCCAUUCAUCUAAACCCUCUAGCUCCUCUCUUCCAAAAUCGGGUUCCUCAGACCAGGUUGUAGUUUUGAGGGUUUCUCUGCACUGCAAAGGUUGUGAAGGGAAGGUGAGGAAACAUCUCUCCAGAAUGCGAGGAGUUACAUCCUUCAACAUAGACUUUGCGGCAAAGAAGGUUACAGUGGUUGGUGAUGUGACUCCUUUGAGUGUAUUGGCAAGCAUAUCAAAGGUGAAGAAUGCACAAUUCUGGCCAGAGCCUGCUUCAGUGGCUGAAUCCGAGAAGUACGCAGAAGAUGGAUAUGACAAAAAGAAACACGCGCUUAUGAUAGAAAAACAAGGAAAAUGUUACACGGCGUAG